AUGCUUCACAUUCAAAAUGGCCGCGCCCAUGUGUAGAUGUCAUGGAUGUGUGAUGAGUCCGGAACUUGGAACUUAAGAACAGAACUCGUAGGCCGACCAUACAAGUUGGAGACAGUCAUUCUUGUCCACCAAUAAAGAGCACAAUUCUACCCAUACAUACAGUCAUUGAGCUGGGCUUACCAAUUCCGGCAUGCUGAACAAGAUGAGGCAUGUGACAGCACAGCCCCUGUCUGAUCAAGGCUGGGGGCGUUGCCAGGCAGAGUUUCAGGGUGUGGACUGGGGCACGGAAGAGAGGACAAGGGUGAAGUACCAGAAGAGGAAACGAUCCAAGAAGAUGGGCUUGGAAUCAGUUGCAGUUGAUGAGCAAGGAUCAUUAGAUAUUGACUGGAGCUCCAGCAGCGACAAUCUUUCCGAUGCGGAGCCCCUUCCCCAUCAGGAGGCAUCCCGAAGUGGCCCAAGGAAGCAUCUCAAAAGGAAGAAGAGCUAUGGGUCUUCGAGACGUCGGGUCAACCAAGGGCCUAUGAGGUUCAGGGGGUUGUUAGAGGGUGAAGAUGUAGACAUCAUGGAUGAAGAGGAGGAGAAUUUGGGGGGAAGUGUACUCGGAAGCUGGAUGAUGAAAUCUUCUUCAUCCUCUAAAAAUAAAGAUGAGGCCUCCUCAUCAGAAGACAGAAAGUCCACCCAGAUUGUCAUUUCUGACUAUGAUUCGCCAUCAGAGGAGCAAGGCACUGCCGCGUCUAGUUCUCAGCAGGCGUCCAGUUCCCUGCACAUCUCCGACCAGUCCCCUACCCCUCAGCCGUCGCCCUGCCAGAGUCCCGACAAGGAGAGCCCUCGGACCGGCACGGAACUGUUGAAGAAGCUCAAACUCCCUGCCAGGACUCCAGACAAAGAGGCUGGGGUGGGAGGGCCGAGUGGGGGCGGCGACUCGACCAAGAAGAAGAGAAAGUUUGUGAGGGGUGGACUAGCCGAAGGGUUACAGAGGGUCAUCAACAGGGAGAAAUCGGCCAUGGCUUUUUGGGCUCACCGCACAGUGGACACCGCAACAUCUCAGAGUUUGAUGCUGGAUUUGCUCGUCCUCUCGGUUGAGGAGGCCAGAGGAUUAUAUGUGACCAGAUGCCGGAUGUGCCCUUUCACCUCAGAGGCACCCGAUGAUGAUGACAUGCUUGUUUUGUUUGCCCAAGCCAAUGGAAGGCAGCUUAAGCUUGGCGUGGGGUCAAGGAUCAGAGUUUAUCCACCAUGGCAGAAGUUGACGUUGCCUAACUACAAGGAAACUGUGAUUCUGUGUACAUAUUUCUGCCAUCCUGUGGACACAGCAGACGAAACACCCCCUGAUGUUGCAACGACUCAGUCUUUGUUCCCAAACAAGACAGCCGGGAUGUCUCUAGAAAAGGAGCUGAAACCUGUUCGACUCUUCCAGCCCCUCCCAAAACAAACGACAUCAGCAGAUUCAACACUGCAGUUGGUUCUGCCGAAUGUAAAGGAGGCUCCCGCUGACCAUGUUUCAGACUCCUUCCUGGACAGCAUUGCACAGAGCGGGGGCUACACGACAGCAGGCAUGUGCGUGCGAGCUAGGAUUCACAGGGUGCACUGCCGAGGCAGUAAUGCUGAGCCUGUGUCAAUGAAUAGGAAGCAACAAGGUUUCAGCAAACCCACCCAUGAGUCAUCUGUUGGGUCAACUCAUUGGGCGCUCAUCUUGCAGGACAACCACGGAGUCUUCUGCGAACUCCAGGUGACUGUUGGUUACACUGGGGAGGAGGAGGAGAUUUGGAGGCGGAGUCUAAGAGGGGGAGAGGGGAAGACGAUGGUGUUUGCCGGUCUGAAGGUCAUGAGACGAGUGAAUCGAACAAGGUUCCCAGGUCUUUUCUCCCUGAUUGACUCCCUGUGGUCCCCGUGCGACACUCCCAUCAGCCAGUCAGAGGCAGAGUCUCAGUCGCAGGGACUUGUGUCACCACAGAGCUUCUGCUACAUCCUUGGAGUGCAGAUGCUGAGGAACACCAUCAGGGAAGAAGUGUCAGACAGGGUGAGAAUACCCUACCGAGAACCAGUGAUACACACACUGCGAGAGGUUCAGCAGCUGUCUGAUGAAACAUCUACUCAACGAGUGACGUUCUUUGCCAAAGUGGUCCACGCUCACUCAGAAGUUGGGGCUGACAAUAUGCAGUCUACGCAGCAACUGGGCAGUAGCUCAGUAAGGCACCUCUUUCUGACAGACCACACUCUCUGUAGUGACUUUACAGCAGAUGAAGAAGACGAGUCUGGCACUAUGACGGGAAUGCUUGGACGUAGUAUUCCAGUAGGUGGAGCUGGUUUCAGUGCACAUCAGUGUCAAGAUACAAGACUUGUUUACGUUCACGUGAGAGUCUCCUGUCAUUUAACGGAGUGUGUUCAGGAGAGUCUAGCAAAUCCUGGUAGUCUGAUGCUGUUCCGAGAUGUGUGCUUGGAUCAAGGAUGUUCUCUGCACGCUGACACCUACACUGCGAUACAAAGCAUUGCGAGGAAAACUGGACAGUGUGGUGAGUCGGAUACAUUCAGCCCCAAGGACGACAUCAUCAGCAGUUUGUCACAUGCUCCCGUUCCACCAAUCCCAACGCUCGAUCUUCACAAUGAAGAGAACACUCUCGUUUCUGUAGCAGGAGUGGUGACUGGAGUAGAUGAGACAACUGCAUACAGCUGGCCGGCAUGCAACACUUGUGGCAAUAACAGACUGGAAGCAGAGACUACCAGUGGUUCUCAGUUGCACUGUGGGACGUGUCAAAAGGUGGUGACCUCACCUGUGACCCGUAAGCAUCUGGAGUUGUUCCUCCGUUGUCCAUCGUUGAAAAGCGAGGACUCCGUGGUCAAAGUGCGGUUACUGCAGCCUAGCAUUGAGCACAUCUUGCCCCCACUCAACAGCCAGGAAGAAGGGUACGACCUCCAGUGCAUCAUGGGAGUUAGCAUCGGCCCAGUCAGCUGCUUCCUAAGAAGUGUUGGCAGGCAACCUGGUGAGCCAUUAACCUUUGACCUGGAGGAAGUGUCUCUUUGAGACAAGAUUUGACGCAUUCGUCGAGAAUCAGUAGGGCUGUGCAAAUUAUUCCAAGGUUUGGGUAUGCACUUUCUUACUUCUUGUAAAAAUGUGUACAUUCAUUUUUCUCAAGAUGUAGAGGGAAUUUGAUUGAAUGGAAGUAUAAAUAUGUAAUUAUUCAGUUAUUCAAAGUUUCUCAGCCUUAAGAAUCAGGAGAGUUUAGAAUGUACUUUUUAACCAGUGUGGCAUUCUGCCCGGUUUAAAUUUUACUGCUGUUUCCAACACUUUGAGUUUCUGUAAACUUUUGUUGGCUGUAAAAAGAUACUGUUUACAAUAUAAUAUAUAAUAAAUUAGAUUCAAUGAAGUGAAUGCUUCCUGGCUUGUUCCCAAAUUCUCCUUUUUAGGAGGACUGAAGCAAACAACAUUUCCAUCAAAUUGGCCUCUCAAAGUAUUUUGCCAGUUUGUGGUUUUUUUUUUAAUCGUAAUCAACAAGAAGACCAGUGUUCUCAGUUGUUGCUAUAUACAGAAAAGUUGUCUGAAACCAAAAAUAGAAGUGCCCUGGUGAAAUGGCACUUUCAUUAUAACGCAGUGUUUGUUUAAGGCACGGCCGGUGUUGUUUUGAAACUGGAUGCGUAAUAGCAUACAUUUGCACUUUCGGCCUGUUUGUCCUAGUUUCGAGCAUUACAUAACCGAUGUCAAUAAAGCUUGCAGGGAAACCGAUGAUGUUCCAGUGGGUGCUUUCCCUACAAAUCCACCACCUAAACAGGUCACAGCUGGUGGUGAUCAUUCAUUUGUGAACUUAAUGUAACAAGUACUCACCAUGAACAACUUUCUAUCUAUGCAUGAAAUCAAAAGCUACAUAUCCCUUUUUUUUUCAUUUUGAUUCUGUGCUGAACAAGCCUUUAUAUUUGGGGGGGGGUUAAACUACAAAAUUAGAUUUAUUCUGGUUUUUUGCCACAUAUUGAUCAGUGUUUAAGCUUUUUUUAAGAAAAAAAGGUUUAUAUUAAUGUAGAGGCCAUAUAUUUGGGAAGUUGGACUCAAAGUCAUUAUAUUCAAUUUCAUAAGGACCAUGAAUCAUUUGAGUGAUAGCUAAAGCCUUUCCUGUACUGUUUGUAGUUACAAGAGAGGUUUACGGGUUAUUUGUAAGUUUUGGUUUGAGAAGUUUUGAGUAGCGGAGCAUCUCUUACUCAGCAAGGUGACCGUCUUUGAGGGCCGUGCCCUUUUUAUGAGACUGCAGUAUUGUUCAUUGAACUUCAGUCAUUGUCUGCUAUGUGGAUCUAUAAACUUUUCUGAAUUCAGGUUAUAAAACCGUUAACUUUGACGUUUUAUUUUUUUCUAUUCUGUAUACUGCUUUAAGGGUUGAUGCUAAGAAUGUACCAGUCUCAUGUAUCGGGAAUUUGCACAAUAUUGCCUUGCACAGAAAAUUGUGGCCAAGCAGAAACUGGUUGCUAGCCUCUGGUGCUAGGGAUUGAAAUGCUCUAGCAUUUUAGAAAUGGUACUGCCAUCGCGGGGGGGGGGUGUAAAUUUUAAAAAAAUCGAGCAGUCAUUGUUCGGAAAACAGUUCCAUUCCCCCCCUCAUCCAAUACUGUCACCAUCCCACCUGAUGAGUAUUAAUUAAGACCUGUCUGGAUUUGUUCUUUUCAUGCACAAAUGUUUAACCAACAUUUUCUUGUUUAACAACCCCCUAGGCCCUUUUUGAAUUCAUAUUUAAAGAAAAUUAGGUGUUAUUGUUCUAAGUCCAUGUUAAAACUAUUUAUUGGCUUAUAGGUAAAGCCCAUGAAGCCUGUCACAGUUUAGUUUUUCUUAACAUUGUCCUACUUUAUCUCUAGCUUUUAGCGUUACUCAAGCCUAGGCAUUUUUCCAUUAUUGCAAACUUGAGACCAUUGUUUUCCAAAUCAGAUUUUAUAAUUAGUUCAGUUCGAUUCGAGACAAAACAUCGGUUGCAGAUAUCAGAAAUAUGUUAUUUCCAGGAACAGGUUCUGGUUUAAUCUCCAUGGACUGAAAGUUAAAUUGUUCCUUCAAAGUUUGGAAUUUUGAACAAGUAAAAUUUGGAUGGUGUGCUCACAAUA